GUGGGCUGGGUUUGCCUGUGGCGAUUACCGUUGCGGCGGCCAUUGCGCUCUUCGUGCUUGACAAGACCUACGAGUCAGUCCAGGAGUACUCGGCCAUUUUCGCAGAGUUUCUCGGGACCUUCGCUCUCGUCUUUACCGUGGCAUGCUGUGUGGCCACCGGCAGCGCGGUCUGGAAUGCCACGGCGAUUGCAUGCGUGCUCAUGGUCAUGGUCUAUGGCACAGGGCCUGUGUCUGGCGGUCACCUGAACCCUGCCGUGACGCUCGCCCUGGCCUGGUCCGAGAAGUUCCCGUGGGAGAAGGUGCCUGUCUACUGCGCGACCCAGAUCACGGCCGGCAUUGCCGCUGGCAGCUGCGCAGCCAACCUCUUCGGUCUCGAGACCGCUUCGCCUCUUGCUCCAGUCGGCGACUUCACGUGGCCCUAUGCUUUCUUCGUGGAAGCCAUUUACACUUUCAUGCUUUGCUUUGUGGUCCUGAACACAGCGGCAUCGAAGCGAAACAACGAGAAAGGCGAUGGCAACCAGUUCUUCGGUUUGGCCAUCGGCUUUGUCAUCAUCGCUGGCGGCUACGCCUCCGGAGACGUUUCAGGUGCUUGCUUCAAUCCUGCCGUCGCCUUUGGCUUGGACUUCUCCAGCAUCAACUCCGGAAUGAGCUGGGGCUUCGGCUGGACGGGCAUGGAGAUUUUCGGAGCCGGGUGCGCAGCGCUGGCGUUCCGCUUCGUCCGGCCCGAGGACUUUUCCUUGGUCGAGCUCAGCACAUACGAGCCGACUUUGCCCGUGAAGUUGGUGAGCGAAUUCUUGGGUACCUUCAUGCUCGUCCUUACAGUGGGGCUGAACGUGGUGCUCGGCUCUGCCUCAACAGCUUGGUCGGCCGCAGCGGCGCUGAUGUGCAUGAUCUAUGCACUGGGGGACGUGUCUGGCGCUCACUUUAACCCUGCUGUCUCCCUGGCAGUGAAGCUCAGGGGCAAGUGCAGCUGGACUGAGUUCGGGACCUACAUUCCGGUGCAGCUUCUCGCAGGGGCCAGCGCAGGAGCCAUCGUCAGCAUCUUUCACAAGAUCGGCACCGGCAAGGACAGCGCCCAUUUCUUGCAGCCAGGGAAGGGGCACAGCGUGGUCGACGCUGGCAUUGCCGAGAUGGUCUUCACCUUUGUCCUUUGCUACGUGGUCCUGGCCACUGCGACCAUCGCCAAGCCGGGUUCGCAACUCACCAAGCAGAACUUCUACUUCGGCUUGGCCAUCGCCUCGUGCGUUACUGCCGGCGGCUUUGCUGCUGGAGCCUUGUCCGGUGGCGAGCUGAACCCCGCGGUGUCAACAGGACUCACGGUGGCCAGCUCCAUUUACUCACCCGCGGGAGCCGAAAGCACUGGUUCGGCGAUUGUGAAUUUGCUCGCAUUUAGCGGCUUUGAGUUCGCUGGAGCGCUGCUGGCCGUGAUGGCAUUCUAUUUGACCCAUCCGACGGAGAUGGAGAAGGAAGAGACCUGGUACUCCUGCUAUGUGGCCGAGUUCCUUGGCACCUUCGUGCUGGUCUUUACUGUGGUGUGCAACGUGCUGGCUUCCAACGAGAACUGGUCACCUACUUCAAUCGCUUGCUCUUUGAUGGUCAUGAUCUAUGCAACGGGAGCAGUGUCCGGAGGUCACCUGAAUCCAGCAGUCACCUUUGCAAUUUCUUUGGCGACCGGUGAUUGGUCAUUGAAAGCGGCGGGAUAUGUCGCAUCACAGCUUGUCGGUGGCAUUGCAGCUGGUUUCGCUGCUUGCAGCCUGUUCACAGAUUCGGCCGAUGUGGCUGUGAAGGAGCCUUAUCACCUAUCCUACGCACUGAUGGCAGAGCUCAUCUACACUGCCAUGUUGGCCUUCACAGUGCUCAAUGUGGCGGUCUCCAAGCGAAACAACCCUGCCACUGAUGGCAACAACUUCUAUGCCUUGGCUAUUGCCUGGGUCAUCAUUGCCGGAGGCUAUGCGGUCGGAGGACGGAAGUAG